CGCUGAAGCCAGACGCGGCAGCAGCGGCUGUGGCUGUGGCCGAGGUGCCUGGUCCGGAGCGAGUCCUUGCGCAGUCUCCUGAGCCAUGGCAUCUAACUAUCGACCAAGUACUGGACUGCGGAAGAAGCCUAAUGUGAAAGUCGAACUGACGGAGGGACAGAAACAAGAAAUUAAAGAGGCCUUUGAUUUGUUUGAUGUUGAUGGGUCAGGCAGCAUUGACGUGAAGGAAUUGAAGAUUGCAAUGCGUGCAUUAGGGUUUGAGCCAAAGAAAGAAGAAAUCAAAAAAAUGAUAGCAGAGAUUGACAAAGAAGGAUUUGGCACUAUUAACUUUGAAGACUUUUUUGCCAUGAUGAGUGUGAAAAUGAGUGAAAAGGAUGAAAAAGAAGAAAUUUUGAAGGCCUUCAAAUUAUUUGACGAUGAUUGCACAGGAGGUAUCACUCUCAAAAACAUUAAGAGGGUUGCUAAGGAAUUGGGAGAAAACUUAUCGGAUGAUGAGCUUCAGGAAAUGCUGGAUGAAGCCGAUCGUGAUGGAGACGGAGAAAUAAAUGAGCAAGAGUUUUUGAGGAUGAUGAAAAAAACCACCCUUUAUUAAGUCUACUGCUCCCAUCACUUUGUUUCUCAAAGGUUAUUUCAUUCUUUAAUUUCCACCCUAAAUGUUUGCCGCCCCGGUUUUUAGAUUAUUCUGGUAGUGUUUUACCUUUGUGGCCAACUCUGGAGACAGGAGAGGACUGACUUCCACCAACCUGGUUUGGCUCUAAAGCAGAAGAUCAAUUCAUUGCAAGGUAGGCCUUGCAAAGCCCAGGUUAAAGAUUCAAAACUAACUUUCUCAUCCCACUGAUCCAGGGCUCCAGGGGCUAAAAGGCCAGGAACAAUUUCCAAGCAAAAUUCCAAAAUAAUAAAUGAACCUUGACUUAUUUUCCUUUGCACAAACUGAAAAGUAGACAGUGAACUUUUUGUUCUCAUUAAAAAUCGU